CCUUCAUCAUGCACUUUUUAUCAUUGGAAUGCUGUUGGCCAUAAAUUUGCAGCAAUUGCUAGAGGGAGUUCUAUCUAUGCACUAGUAAUUAUUGUAAGUUUGAACUUGAGAUGGACCAUGUCAAAACUAGUUGAGCAGGUACCUUGGGAGAUUAGAAAAAUGUUAAGGAAUCUAGAGACAUCUACGGUGUUCCUCUUUUUAUUUCAUAGAUCCAUCUAA